AUGGCGCAGCGCAACUCCCUCAGCGCCUUCGUUGAGAAGUACGAGGUCAGGGAGGACCUGGGAAAGGGACAAUUCGGCGUUGUUGCGGAAUGCGCAGAGCGCGCUUCCGGCAGGCGACUCGCCUGCAAGGUGGUCGCGGCGCGCAAGCGAGCAAUGGACGCCGCGGAGCGCGAAGUAGCGGCGCUUUCUCUGCUGAAAGGGUGUGAAAAUAUUGUUUCUCUCGAGGAUGUUUUUAUCGGGGAGGAGGGGAAGGGGAUGGUUCUUGUUAUGGAGCUUGCUACCGGCGGUGAUCUUCUAACGCGGAUAGAGCAGAAGGGACGGAUUCCGGAGUACGAGGCGCGUGAGCUGUUCAAAGGAGUCGCCAUGGCUUUACAGCAGUGCCACUAUAACGGGGUGAUUCAUCGCGACGUCAAGCCCGACAACGUGCUCCUGAGUCGCGGUUGCGAAUUUACUGCUAAGCUCGCGGAUUUCGGCAUCGCGAGGGUGCUUGCACCUGGGGAGAAGACUGACGGAUACGCAGGCAGCUUCCCUUACGAGGCUCCGGAAGUUAUGGCGGGAAAACCAUACGAUUUCUCGGCUGACAUCUGGAGCCUUGGUGUAACCCUGUACGCGAUGCUGUCGGGAAAAUGGCCGACUUUCGCGAACGGUCGCCGCGCGUUUGACGAAAGCAAGGACUGGGACUCCCCCUGCUGGUGGAUCAUCUCAGGCCGAGCGAGGAAUCUCAUCCGUUCGAUGCUCGCAACCGACCCGCAGAUCCGACCGUCCAUUGACGAGGUUCUGUGCGACCCAUGGGUUUGCAACAGCUCCUUCCUCCCAUCCUCGUUCUCCAUCUCUACUUCUUUUGGGAGUACCGCCAAGCCUGCUGCCUCCGCCAUCCCACCAGCCCCUGCUUGCACUGUCACCCCUGCAACUGCCUUUACCAUCAAGCCUUCACCUGCUAUCGCAGUCGCACCCGCUGCAUCUCCUAAGACCCGCUCCACAACCACCUGCGACCCCUCCUCUACCUUCAUCUUCCCACUUGCAACACUCACGAUCAAAACCACGUGCAGCACGGUCAAGUCCUGCCGGAAGCUCGCUUCCGAUGUGCUGCAGCGGAAGCAGUGGCGUCGGCACGGCGCGGUUACCAGCAAGCUCUCCCCAUGUGCCAGCAAGCUCUCUCCGUGCAACAGCUCACUGUCGCGGCGUCACAGCAGCAGGUCGCAGCGAGGUUCAUUCUCGGCAGCUUCGGGGAGACUCAGUGCGCGGGUUGCUGCUGUGGCAGUUGCUGCAGUGGGAGAUGCUUCUGCUGACGGGAGAGACGUUCAGUGGUCCUUUUUGAGUGUGUAA